CAUUUCCCAGAAUGCGGCGCUGGCGCCACUUCCGGUCCAGCCGAGCAGGAAGUGUGCGGCAGGAGUCGGUGAGGAACAUUUAGCCUGCUGGCUAACGGGCUGACGAUGUGGUUUCUCACCUGAACAGUGCCUGUGCAGUCCUAGCCUUCCAGGAAGUGGGCGUGGCCAUGGCUCUGAUAGAGGGGGUCGGGGACGAGGUGACGCUGCUGUUCGGGGCUCUGCUGCUGCUGCUGGUCCUGGUCCUGGCCUGGGCCUCCACGCACACCGCCGAGCCCCCGGACCACCUCUUCACCGCCGCCGCCGUCUCCGCCUCCUCCUCCUCCUCGGCGUCCUCGCUGCAGAGCUCCUCCUACACAGACCAGCCCUCCUCGUCUUCCUCCGACUCCCGCACCGACAGCGAGGAGCGCGUGGAGGCUCCCAGCCCCGCCGACUCCCCCGGAUCCCUGACCCCGCCCACCCCCGACGAUGAGGCGAAGGAGGAGGAGGCGGGCGGCACGGAAGGAGAGGAGGGAGGACAAGCCGGCCUGAGGCAUAGACAGGUGGGGGGCAGAGAGGAGGCGGGUGACACCGACUCCUCCUCCUCCUCCCAGAGGAACAUGGUGGUCAGGCUGAAGUUCCUGAAUGACACGGAGAGGACGGCUCAGGUCAAACCACAGGACACCAUCGGAUACAUCAAGAGGACCUAUUUUGCGGGUCAGGAGCAGCAGGUGCGGCUCAUCUACCAGGGUCAGCUGCUGCAGGACGACGCCCAGACGCUCGCCUCCCUCAACCUGGCCCACAACUGCGUCCUGCACUGCCACAUCUCGCAGCACGCCCCGCGCGGCGCGGCGGCGGGGGCGCGGCCGGCCGACCAGGUGCAGGUGGCGCUGAACGUGGGCAGUCUGAUGGUGCCGCUGCUGGUGCUCAUGCUGUCGGUGCUGUGGUACUGCCAGAUCCAGUACCGCCAGUUCUUCACCGCACCGGCCACCGCCUCCCUGGUGGGCGUCACCAUAUUCCUCAGCCUGGUGGCCUUUGGCGUCUACCGCCGCUAGUCGCGCCGCUCUCCGAUUGGCCGGAAACCGCUUCCUGAGUCUUUCUGUUGUGAUUAGGCUGGCAGAAGGAAGGGGUCCCGCUCCCGUGACCUUUGACCCACCGACCGCGUUGUGCUCUGAGAUUCCUGCCGGCCCGUGGAGCGCCUCCACUCUGACCUCUGACCCGGGGCGUCCGGGCGGGCCGGCGGAGGGAGACUCUGUUCUGUUAAAAUGCUGUUAGGUUUUCUGUUUCUGAAGAUCUUUUUUUUCUCUGCUCCUUUUUGUUUCUGAACGCUAACAGAGGACUUUUAUUUUUUUAGCUCCAUGUCAUUUCUCAUCGUGCCUCUUUUACUUCCUGUUGUGUUUUGGUCCAGGAGCUCCGGCGUAGCGUAGCACCGUAGAGACUGGGACUGUCAGUAGUGACGGAGGAUGACCUCACAGGCUGUGUGUACGCUGGGAUGAGAGAGGAAAUCUUUUGUGUAAAAUACGGCUUUUGAAGAAAAGAAAUUCUAUUAAAUCAAUCUUUUAUUUA